GUAUGUAGAUAGAUUUGUCAGUCAGUUAUUGUUCAAAUCAAAUAAUGUUGUAACCUGCGAGUUGUACACAAAAUACCUACAGGUAAUGAGUUAGUGUUCUCCUGUCAUAGGUGUGCGAGGUAAACACUUGACACUAGCGGUCUGCAGACACAACCUUGAACAUGUUAACAUCCAACUAGUAUAUUUGCGCAUAAACUUAAUAGAUUCAUAUGUACUCCUCCAUAUAAACGGAUAAAUCUCGUAAGUCAGUCGCUUUAUAUCCCUUGUGAAAUGAGCAUGUAUUUAAAAGGCGUCGCACUCCUCACUAUAUGCCUGGUGGGGGAGUGUGUGUAUGUGUAUUCAAGUUUUUGGGCGCCACUGUUCGAUCCAAGAAUCCUGAACUACCGGGUUGAUUCGCCGUUUGAUCCUGAUAGCGGCAAAAAUGCAAGAACUCAGUAUACCAGUAAAUAUGGUGUGAGAGGCGAGAAUUUAAUUGCGGAUCUGGGCAACGGGAAAGGUUUCAGUGGCUACUCUGAUAAUGACAAUAAGGAAUAUAACAAUGUGAAGUUUUACUACACCUACCCAGGAGCUGAUCACAAUGAAGAAUAUUCGUAUUAAUAAGCAUACUCACACACCACACAUACAGAAAUGUAAAUGGUAAUGAUGAUAAUUAUAAUAUAAUG